CCCAUAGUGUGUCAUAAAGGUGUUAUACUGUUAUUAUAAGAUAACAAAAUGGCUCUCAGUAUUAAGUUCAGGGGCGAUUCCUCAUCAGAACUAGAUGCAGUGAAGGAUGUGUUGCAGUCAUUAUCAAUAUCAGAAGAGAAUGUGACCAUCGUAAAGAAAGCUGGAGGUGACAUUAAGAUCAAAGCUACCAUCAAUACGACGGUGAAGGUGCAAGAGUUCUCUUUGGCUUCUACUGGGGCCCCUGCUGCUGGUGAUGCUAUUGCUACUUUUAUCACUGUCAGUUUCCCAGGGUGCUUCAUGACUCAGCUGUCAUCAACUAGUGAGUCACAGCUCUCUAAUGGAUUGGACAAAAAUGAAAAACCUACAAAAAAUAUCAAGGAUUUUUGUAGUAAUUUGGACCUAUCGGAUUGUCUAUCAAAGCAAAUAAACAGCUCAAUAAACAGUGAAAACAUAGGAGACUAUAUCAUUUCCAUCAGACAUGCUGACAUGAAGCAGUACAUGAAAUCAAGAGAUGGAAGUUGUUAUUACAUUGUUCAAGUUGAGUUCUCAGGGAAUCGUAUUGGCCAAGGAAUAGCUGAUGAUAUCUGUGAAAUUAUAUACAAGUUGUUUGAUCACACUGAGAAUGACAAGUUUAAAAUGCUCCAGGAUUACUAUGGUACUAAAGCACCAUACACACCUACACAAACUUGAGAAAUUUUGAACAGCUUUGAAAAACUUCUUUGCUUCUAAGUGAUUUUGCUUUGCUAAUGAUGUUAUUAAUGUGUUAAAAUGAUGGGGAAAUA